CAUCACUGCAAGACGCAAUCAUCAACACUUCUGCAGAGAAAAAAUGGAAAAGAAGGAAGAAAUCGUAAAUAAUAAAAAUGGAAAUUCAGAAGAAUCAUCACAAACCCUAACCCCAACAACAGACGGUUCGAUUUGUGGAUUUCAAUCUCUUCAUCGCCUCCUUGAAUCGUCUCUCUCUCCGCAAGUUUUCAAGGAAGUCAGCCGCUUGCUUAUUGGACUGAAUUGUGGAAAAGCACUUGAGCCCUUGACAGUAGUAGAAACCGCCAAAGAUUUGUCCUCACAACAUGAUUUCGAUAUUCAGGCAUUCAAAUUUAACGCUGAAAAGGAAUUACUAAGAGAACCGCGUAUAGUGCGUGUCGGACUAAUUCAAAACUCCAUCGCUCUACCAACUACCGCACCAUUUCUCGACCAGAAGAAAGCCAUAUUUCAGAAACUAAAGCCCAUAAUCGAUGCCACGGGUGCUUCAGGGGUCAAUAUAUUAUGUUUACAAGAGGCGUGGAUGAUGCCUUUUGCCUUUUGCACCCGUGAGAAACGAUGGUGUGAAUUUGCGGAGCCUGCAGAUGGAGAAUCGACACAGUUUCUUCAAGGUUUUGCAAGGAAAUAUAACAUGGUCAUAGUAAACCCGAUACUCGAGAGAGAUUUAAAACACGGGGAGACUAUCUGGAAUACCGCGGUUAUAAUCGGGAAUAACGGUAACAUAAUCGGCAAGCACAGGAAGAAUCACAUACCCCGUGUUGGGGAUUUUAACGAGAGUACAUAUUAUAUGGAGGGCAAUACUGGGCACCCUGUGUUUGAGACUGCGUACGGAAAGAUCGGUGUCAACAUAUGCUACGGAAGGCACCAUCCGUUAAACUGGUUAGCCUUCGGGUUAAACGGUGCCGAAAUCGUCUUUAAUCCGUCUGCCACUGUUGGUGAACUCAGUGAGCCAAUGUGGCCCAUCGAGGCACGAAAUGCUGCAAUAGCAAAUAGUUACUUUGUGGGGUCCAUCAACCGGGUGGGGACAGAGGUGUUCCCGAAUCCGUUCACAUCAGGCGAUGGAAAGCCGCAACAUGCAGACUUUGGUCAUUUCUACGGUUCAAGUCAUGUUUCAGCGCCGGACGCUUCGUGUACGCCAUCACUUUCAAGGAACAAAGACGGGUUGUUGAUAUCAGACAUGGAUCUUAACCUCUGCAGACAGCUAAAGGACAAAUGGGGGUUCCGUAUGACGGCUAGAUACGAGUUAUAUGCUGACAUGCUUUCUCGAUAUGUGAAGCCUGAUUUCGAGCCCCAGGUGGUUUCUGAUCCUUUGUUGCCUAAAAAUCAUUUGUAAAAAAUACUUCUAUUCGUAUCAUGUUUUAUGUCUAUUUAUGCUUACUCAAGUGGUUUAAGAUUGAAAUGGAAGACUUGGCGAUCAUAAGUUUAAAUGCUAUAAAAAGCUUCGUUUCUCGUGUAUAUUUA